AUGAACAUCGAACUGGAGAUUACUUCUCUCAACCUCGUUUGCACCGCGUUUGGUCUGUUCUUCGUUUCAUAUGGCACCGUUUCGUACCUCAUCAAGGAACGUCUCUUUCUCGGCGAGGCGCCGCUCGCCGUUCUAAUCGGAGUUGGACUGGGACCCUAUGGCUUUGGUGGCAUCUUCAAAUGGACCCCAAAAGAGGUCAACGUGGAUGAGCUUUCGCUGGGUCUAUGUCGAGUCGUCAUUGGUAUUCAACUUACGCUCGUUGGAGUGCAGCUUCCGUACAAAUAUCCGUGGAUCGAAUUACGUAGCUUGGUCAUGCUGCUCAUACCUAUCAUGGCCGUCAUGUGGCUCGCCACCACACUUUGCAUCUGGCUAGUAAUCCCGUCUCUGCCGCUGCUUGCAGGACUCGUCAUCGCCACAUCGGCUACGCCUACUGAUCCGGUGCUUUCCAACGCCAUCGUCAAAGGUGCGUUUGCCGACCAGUACGUUUCUCCGCGUCUUCGAAAUCUCAUCUCGGCUGAGAGCGGUGCUAAUGACGGGUUCGGAUAUCCCUUUCUCUAUCUCGCGGUCCACCUACUCAGAAUUGAGAGCACCACGCAGGCACUGACAACUUGGAUUCUGAAAACAUGCCUCUACACCGUCGGAGGCGCCAUCGUUUAUGGUAUUGUCAUCGGCUACAUCUGCCGGCGUCUCAUCGACUUUUCCACCGCCCGCAACUUGAUCGACAAGGAGAGUUUCCUUCUGUUCGGUGCAGCCAUGGGAGUCUUUAUCAUUGGCUCUGGCGGCGUACUACAAUUCGAUGAUCUCCUUGCUGCUUUUGUUGCGGGCAACGCGCUCUCCUGGACCGACUUUUACCGCGAGCAAUGCGAGGAGUCUGAGGUCGACAACUGCCUCGAUCUGCUCCUGAAUCUCGUCUUUUUUAGCUUUCUCGGUGCGACGAUCCCCUGGGAUUCGUUCAACGACCCGGACAACGGCAUCACACCUGGGCGUCUCGCUCUCAUGUGUAUAUUCGUCCUCGUUUUCCGACGUUUGCCUGCUAUGCUCGCCUUCUACCGCUACGUACCCACGCUCAACGAUGUCUCUGAAGCGUGCUUCAUCGGCUAUUUUGCUCCUAUUGGUGCUGGUGCGCUCUUCUACCUCGGCGUUAUUCUUGACGAGUUCAAACCGCACGAUGAUUCGUCGCCAGUCGCAGAACGCAUACGCGUACUUGCUAAACCGAUUACCUAUGCGCUAAUUCUGGCAUCCAUCAUCUGCCACUCGCUCGCCAUCCCUCUGGUCAAGAUCGCUUUUAGCUAUUUUGAUGUCAAGUCGAUUAAACUUGAAGGUGAAUCCGAUGCAGAUGACGACGAUGUCAAGAACCAAGACGAGCAAAGCGACUCAGAGGAAGAAGCAAUGGGCAGCAAUGCAGAUGGCCAGAGUGGGAGUGUGCGAUCUUGCGACUACACUCGACCGAUUCAGUCGCGACGAGAGGAACAAGAGGUGGAAGACGAUUACGAGCAGGGCGAACAUCACGAUCCGCGUUUCAGUUCUCAUGCCGAUGAAACCGAGCGCUCGAGGUCGUUCCGAUAUUCGAGCGUUCAUCGACCCGAGAACCGAGAUGGUCUGAACUAUCGCGAAGAUGCUGAGACGAGUGGCGCGUAUCACAAUGACGGAGUCUGGGACAAUCACGCAUCCUGGCGCGUAUCGAGCGGUCACAAGCUUGGCCCUCACCAUCAGCUGCGAAAGAAUGCGCAGACGGGUCUGCUUGAGCUCGAUCCGCGCGUGUACACUGUUGAGCAUGGUGCGCCUUCUCCCUCGCCUAGACGUCGCGGCCGACCAAGCGUUGCACGUCGAGCUGCAAAUCCGAGCAACGUCGCUCUUCGUCGAGAUGACACAGCCGAUUCGCAGCGUUUGUUGGAAGAAGCCCGCCUACAGUCCUCGUCGUACCGCCCUUCGUACGGAAGCACAAGCAAUCACUAG